AUGCUGUCAAGCGGGUUUCUUAUCCGUCCUUGUGAUGGUGGUGGUUCCAUUAUCCACAUUGUUGAUCAUCUUGAUUUGGAUGUUUCAAGUGUUCCUGAAGUCCUGAGGCCUCUCUAUGAAUCUUCUAAAAUCCUUGCUCAGAAAAUGACAGUUGCUGCUCUGAGACAUGUGAGGCAAAUUGCUGAAGAGACUAAUGGAGAAGUUCAGUUUAGUGGUGGACGCCAGCCUGCAGUCUUGAGAACUUUCGCCAAAGACUCUGCCGGUAAUUUACAUUUCCUCCAUAAGCGCUGCUUUUUACCGUCUCAAGCAUUGGGUUUCAAUGAUGCUGUGAAUGGUUUUGCUGAUGAUGGAUGGUCCCCAAUGAGUAGUGAUGGAGGAGAGGAUAUUACUAUCUUGAUCAACUCUUCCUCUGCUAAAUUCGCUGGCUCUCAGUAUGGAAACUCGUUUCUUCCAAGUUUUGGAAGCGAAUGUGCCACCCCUUGUGCAGUUGUGCUGAUUCGGUUCUUGAGAGAACACCGAGCUGAAUGGGCGGACUAUGGAGUUGAUGCUUAUUGUGAUGCAUCUCUCAGAGCAACUCCAUUCGCUGUUCCAUGCGUUAGAACCGGUGGGUUCCCGAGUAACCAAGUCAUUCUCCCUCUAGCACAGACACUCGAACAUGAAGAGUUUCUGGAAGUGGUUAGACUCGGAGGCCAUGCUUACUCACCUGAAGACAUUACCUUAUCUCGGGAUAUAUAUCUUUGCAGCGGUGUUGAUGAAAAUGUGGUUGGAGGUUGCGCUCAGCUUGUCUUUGCCCCUAUUGAUGAAUCCUUUGCUGAUGAUGCACCUUUGCUUCCUUCUGGCUUCCGUGUCAUACCCCUUGACCAUAAAACCUCUCCGAAUGAUCAUCCAUCUGUGAAUCGAACAAGGGAUCUAGCAUCAUCUCUAGAUGGUUCAACCAAAACUGAUGCAGAAACAAACUCAAGAUUGGUCUUAACCAUAGCCUUCCAGUUCACAUUUGAUAACCAUUCAAGAGACAAUGUUGCUACAAUGGCGAGGCAGUACGUGAGGAAUGUUGUUGGCUCUAUUCAGAGAGUGGCUUUAGCCAUUAGGCCUCGUCCUGGCUCCAUGCAGUUUCCCACUUCCCCUGAAGCUCUCACUCUUGCUCGUUGGAUCUCACGUAGUUACAGCAUGCAUACAGGAGCAAACAUGUUCGGAGCUGAUACUCAAGGUUGUGAUGGGGACACAUUGCUUAAGCAACUCUGGAACCAUUCUGGUGCCAUAUUGUGCUGCUCCCUCAAAACUAAUGCCUCACCGGUAUUCACAUUUGCAAACCAAGCCGGUUUAGACAUGCUUGAAACUACACUGGUGGCACUUCAAGACAUAAUGCUGGACAAGACUCUAGAUGACCCUGGUCGUAAAGCUCUUUGCUCUGAGUUCGCUAAGAUCAUGCAACAGGGAUAUGCUAAUCUUCCGGCGGGAAUAUGUGUGUCGAGCAUGGGGAGACCAGUUUCGUAUGAGCAAGCGACGGUUUGGAAAGUUCUUGACGACAAUGAGUCGAAUCACUGCUUGGCUUUUAUCCUCGUGAACUGGUCCUUCGUGUGA